CACACACUGCUCACACUGCCUCUUGUUCUCUCUCUCUUCUCUGUGUCAUCUUCAUUUCCUCCUUACAUAAGCUGGCUUGAAAAAGCAAUAUUAGUGAUAGUUGACAGCUGGCAAGCAAACGCAAGAGGUGAGGGAACAGGGAGAUCUGCGCUCGCGGUGCAGACUGAGCAUUUUCUACUUCUCAGAAGGAGCUUCAGAGGAGUGUGUGAAAACCGCCCUGUGCUGCUGGAUGGUUGACUGAGCUGUGGGGGAACAUCUGGUGCACAUUUAAAUCCAAGGUAAUCUCUUUCUGAACCACCUGGAACAAACAAAGUGUAAGAUUUAUUGGAUUUUUUGGACGUGUUGAAGCUGUCUCGUCUCGUGUGUGCUUGCAGAGGGUAUGUAGAAAUUGUUUCCAAAGAGCUGGUUGCUGGUUGCAUGAGGUCAUAUCUGUCUCUCAGUUUUCUUCUGUCUUUAAUUUCUUUGUUUCUCUCUCGUCUCUCUGCCUCUCUGUUCCCAGUUCAUUUGCUUUACCUAACCCUAACCCUGUCUCUUGCUUGCCACAUCAGGCCCUUUGACCUUUAGCCCUAACGUCUCAGUUGGAGUGUGAUCCGGUGGGAUGGCAGAGGGCGGUGUGAGUACAUGCCCCCAGGUGUUUGUGGUGGACAGCCAAGCUGGCUACGUCUCCGUGCCCGUGAGCAGGAGGAAACCAAGAUGGGCGAGAGUUGGCCAAAAGUCUCUUCUCCUGCUGGUGGGACUCGCCCUGUUGGGACUUGUUGUCGAGGGAUGUUUCAUCUACAGUCUAUACAAAAAAACGCAGGAAUUUUCCCCCUGUAAGUCUCAUCCUCUCUGCCAGGAUCUGUCUGGCCGGCAGGUAAGUGUGGGUGUUCAGUACUUGUUGGUACGGCAUUGCGUGUCACACUGUCACACUGCCAGAUGUUUGUUGGAGUUUUCAGCUCAAAUGCCUUUUUUUCUGUUUCAGGGUGACACGAUGAGUCAAAUGAGAACUAAAGAGUCCAAUGAGAUUCCCACAGUGCGACCACAUCUGGAUCAGCUCCAACAGAGGCCCUUUGCUCAACUGAUAGGCUCCAACACUCCUAAAGGGGAGAACAAUGUGGUGCUGUGGCUAAACACCGCUGGUGAAACCGUCACCAACAACAUGGUCUACGAAAAUGGCCGGUUGAUAGUCGAGAAGGACGGUUACUACUACCUCUACUCUAAAGUGACAUUGAACUCAUCAGAGGAGUGUGUGCUUAUCCAGCACAAGGUCAUGAAAGGCACCAAGGCCUAUGGAAACAAAAUAGAACUUAUGAAAUCAAAAAGUAUCCGCUGCGGGACCAGGACCACGAAAUCUUCGAGUGCAAAGGCUUCAGAUAGGGAGGAUCGGUGGAACAGUUUUCUGGCUGGGAUCUUCCAUCUGCGGAGUGGAGAUACAAUUUUUGUAGAAUUGGAGAAUAUAGACAAGAUACACCCAGGAAAUACUGAGAAUCUCAUGGGGGCCUUUAUGAUAUUUCCAGGAGAUAUGCUGAAAUAAUACCUCUGUCCCACAUUGUGAUCAGAUUCUAUGUCUCUGUGUGUUAAUUUACACCAUUUGUUGUGGUAAUCUAAAUUAUAUCAAUGAAUGUAUUUGAAUCCCUUAUGAAGAAGCAACAAAAUGGUUGUGAUAUCAUAAAAAAGUAUCUGAUAUUCAGGGUAUGUAUUUGAAAAUUUGUUACCUAUUUUUUUGUGUGAAUAAAAUACUGUUUUUUAUCAAA